GGACAAUUUCCUAAUUAUUUCUAUUAAAAAUACUCAUGUGAGCUGUAAUCACAAAAGUAUGCAACGUUUCUCGUUUUUCUAAGAUUAUUUUUGAUUUAUGAAUCACUAUAUACAAGUUUAAAUGAUUAUAUUCGGGAUUGAGUUCAGAUAAAUGCUUUACAAAAAUUGAGUCAUGUGACUGGAUCAAAGGUUAUUUCAACUUUUUCUUGCACAUUAUAAACAUGGUAGAUCGGUUGGUAAACAGUGAAGCCAAUCGUAAACGGAUUGAGCAAGUGGAAUUAUGCUUCGGAGGCUCGGGCCAGCCCCUAGCUGUUCCAGGGCGAGUGUUGGUCGGCGAGGGCGUCCUCACAAAGAACUGCCGGAAACGAUGCAAGCCUCGUCAAUUCUUCCUCUUCAACGAUGCCUUGGUUUACGGCAAUAUUGUACUCAGUAAAAAGAAGUACAACAAACAACAUUUAUUGCCCUUGGAGGAUGUAAGGUUAAAAUCAGUUGAGGAUGAAGGCAAUUUAAAAAAUGGUUGGCAGAUUAUCAGUGCAACCAAAUCAUUCACAGUGUAUGCUGCCACGGCAACAGAGAAAUCAGAAUGGAUGGCACACAUCAACAAAUGCAUCUCAGAUCUGCUAGCAAAAAGUGGGAAGAAGCCUGCCACGGAGCUAAGCCCAGUCUGGGUUCCUGAUCAUGAUGCCCCCCAUUGUAUGCUGUGUAAUAAGAGGUUUACCACCCUGUUCAGACGGCACCAUUGUCGGAAGUGUGGUAAAGUGGUUUGCCAAUCUUGCUCUUCUAAGAAGUUUCUUCUACCCCUUCAGUCCGAAGCCCCCGUCAGGGUUUGUGAUUACUGCUACCAACAACUGUCAUUGGAGAAGAACGGGACGAGAGAAAGGCUGGGACAGACACGGAAUGCUGCCCCUCUCGAUCAAGACUCUGAUGACGAUGACGAUGAUGAUGAAGACAAUGAUGGAUUCAAUAGGAAUACACAAGCAGAAGAUGUGCAUCCAACAUUCUACGAAGAAAACUAUCGAUGAGGUGACCCAGUGGCUACUCCAUUCCUCUAGUGCCAAUUUCAAUAACAUGGAAACCUUAACCCUUUAAUUCCUGGAACCGGAUGACCCCUGUACAGAGCCUCUGCAAAUUAUAGAACUCGGUAGUCAAUAUGUUAUUGCCGAACGGAAACAGGUGAUCCCUGUAAAAAGCCUAUGGGAAUCACAGACUCGGUAGUCAACAUGUUAACCCAUUGCCUACUAGAACCGGGUGAUCUCUGUACAAAGCCUAUAGGAAUCACAGAACUUGUUAGUCAACAUGUUAACCCAUUGCCUACUAGAACCAGGUGAUCUCUGUACAAAGCCUAUAGGAAUCACAGAACUUGUUAGUCAACAUGUUAACCCAUUGCUUACUGGAACCAGGUGAUCCCUGUACAAAGCCUAUAUGAAUCACAGCACUCAGUAGUCAACAGGUUAACCCAUUGCCUACUGGAACCAGGUGAUCCCUGUACAAAACCUAUAUGAAUCACAGAACUUGUUAGUCAACAGGUUAACCCAUUGCCUACUGGAACCAGGUGAUCCCUGUACAAAACCUAUAUGAAUCACAGAACUUGUUAGUCAACAAGUUAACCCAUUGCCUACUAGAACCGGGUGAUCCCUGUACAAAGCCUAUGGGAAUUACAGAACUCUGUCAACAUUUACCUUUUGCCAUUUGGUACUGGGUUAUCCCUUUGCUGGGUCUAUAGGAAUCACAUAACUCAGUAGUCAACAGGUUAAACCAUUGCCAACUGGAACAGGGCGGUCCCUGUUUAAACCCUAUAGGAAUUAAAGAAUUCAGUUGCCAACUCAGAUGUCCAUAGAUUCAAAUGGGAAGCAUGUCCACUGACUAGUAUAGGCUCGUUCACAUAAGUUUUCUCCUCUUCUUAACAAGCCUUUACAAUCCAUUGAUGUGUUCACACGUAGUACCUUGUAGCGAUUAUCACCGUGUUCGUAUGCCUGUAUGAAUAGGACCAUGCAAGUACAUGCAUUAAAUCAUAUAAAACAUUUGACCUGUU